UGAGAGGGACGGGCAGGGCUGAGGGUGGGAGGGCGCCGGCCAGGACUUGAGGAGCGUGAGGGAGCCGGGCAGGGUCGAGGAUGUGAAGGGGCCGGGCCGUUCUGAAGGUGUGAAGGGGCCGAGCGCGGCUCCUGCGCCUUUGUGGCGCUGUCCCUGCCGCUCGUUUCGUCGCGCUGUGUCGCAGCGUGGUGGCGGAGCAGCUCAUCCUGCUGCUCUUCUUAUCCAGACAAGGCUCCGUCCUGUGGGCUCUGCCGCCGCCUCCCUGCCGAGAUCCGGCUGCCUUGGGGUCACUGCUGCCAGCUGUCAUUAGUCUUUAAUGAAUUAAGAGUUCUCUAAGAUUAGACACAAGGGUUUUUUGGUUUUUGUUGGUUUGGGGGUUUUUUUGGGGUUUUUUUUUUUUUCUGUAGGCUCUGAGUGCAGAGCGCUGUGGGAAUUGCCGGUGAAAGAUCCUUUUUAUUCUUGACCAAGGUGGCUGUGGCUCCCGGGGGAGAGACCCCCUCAGCUCUACAAAAGCCUUGACGUGCCUGUCCCAGCCUGGCUCCAGGCAUCAGAGAAAGGAGAACACUAUAUUAUUUUGGCUGAAGUACUCAGCUUCAAGACUUCACUUUGUUCCUCACAGCUUGGAGGGAUAUGAAGCCAAUUGGAAAAGUGCUUUGUGCUACAGGGGUUGUAGCUGGGCUCAUAGCUUUCUUCUGGAAAGACGACUUUAACCCAGAGAGCCUGUCUGGUGCCCGUGUUCUCGUGACUGGAGCCAGUGCUGGGAUUGGAGAGCAGAUAGCAUAUCACUAUGCCAGAUUUGGUGCUGAAAUUGUGUUGACUGCCAGAAGGGAAUCAGUGCUGCAGAAGGUGAUGGAGAAAUGCCUGACACUCGGAGCAAAGAAAAUAUUUUAUAUCCCUGCAGAUAUGUCUUCCCCUUCAGAGCCUGAAAAGGUGGUUCAGUUUGCUCUCCAAAAGCUGGGGGGCCUGGAUUACCUCGUGUUGAACCACAUCGGCACCAACCGCUUCCAGGAGUGGGCAGGAGAUGUGGAGUACACCCGCUGGCUCAUGCAGGUGAAUUUUUUGAGUUAUGUGGCCCUUGCAACAGCAGCUCUUCCCACCCUGGAGAAGAACAGAGGUGCUCUGGUGGUUGUUUCUUCCCUCACAGGGAAAAUGCCCACUCCCUUCACCACUUCUUACUCUGCCACCAAGUUUGCCCUGGAUGGAUUCUUCAGCUCACUGCGCCACGAGCUCAUCAUGCAGAAGAGAGAUGUGUCAGUCACACUGUGCAUCCUGGGCCUCAUUGACACUGAGUCAGCACUGGAGUACACCAGGGGCAAAGUGCACCUCAGCGCCUCCCCCGCUCCCGAGGCCGCGCUCGCCAUCGUCCGGGGCGGAGCCGCUCGGGCACACGAGAUCUUCUACCCGCGGUGGCUGCAGCAGCUCUGCUGCCUCUGGGCUCUGUUCCCCCGCAGCGGGAACCAGGUGCUACGGACUUUCUAUAACUACAGCAGUCCCUGAGGGCUGCCCGGGCUCAUCCCAUAGCCCUUCUAGUCACGUGCCUGCCAUCCCACUAAGCAUCCCACUCGACCACUGCUGUCAAGAGGGCAGCAGUGGUGGCAAAGUCCCAUUUUCCUAACAUGACUCAUGGUUUGUCAUCAUGCUUCAGCCACGGUUCUGCUGCUGUUACCCAUCAGUCAGAGAUCUUUCCCACUGUUCACUCUGCCUUAGCCCUCCUCCCAUCUCCCCUCCUUCAGUCUGCUUUGACUGCAUCAGCCUUUGCUCAGCCCCAGCUGUAACCCUGUCUGUCUGCUCAGCAUGCCCUGGAGUGGCUGUACAUUCCUGUACAUUCCUGGGACAUCCUUCCUCCACUACUUUUGGAUCCCAUGAACCCUCUUGCUUCCUCUAAGUAGAAUUUUUAUCUCUAUUUUAAUUAAACAAGUUUUUAAUGUG